UUUUGUCAAACGUUCUUAGGCUUAUUAUAAUUCUUUUCCUUUCUACUUUUGCAGAGUCCAUCCCCAUCCAAGAACAGGAGAUGUCUGAUGAGAUACGCCGCCCUCCAUUUCUCCUAUUGUAUAAAUGUAUCAAGGCCGGUACAGCCCUGAGGAUUUUUACCGUAUCCAACUGGCUUCUGUCUUCAAUUUACACGUUCACCCUGAGGAGGAAAAGGCGCGUCGACCAGGACUCGAGGACCUCAUCGGGAGCCUUAUCGAGCGAACGACAUGAUAGCUAUCUAGGUCACAUUCUAGGCCUUAGGCAUGCGAUCGAACAAAUUCUUCCACGUACAGGGAAUUAUGUCUCCGGAUUAUUAUUUCAAAUGCAAUCAUUCCAUCUUACCGUUUUACACCUUACUCUAUGAAGCGCUUGCGCACUUAUAUCCAGAAUGGAAGCGGAAAAUGCGACCAAACGUCGGAGGAGGGGAGUCAAAACAAAGGAACCAUGCAGCGUCGACAUCCUCCUAGUGCUGCCCGAAAUGAAGCGUUUAAAUUCCCGAGUCCUCAGGCCAGUCGCUCCAGUAACGAUCUUCAAUAUGGUCGAAAUCCCAUUGAGCCCAAUACUCGGCCGACUCUUUAUCUCGCAGCCACCAGCUCUAAGACAAUUCCCAAUCAGCGUUCACUGCAUGUCAGCAACAAUGCUGAUCCGAUUGUGACACCAAAAUCACCUACAAUCGUACGGAAUAACGUCGCGUCCUCCCCCAAAGCUUCUGUCUCUGUUCGAACACUGAAUGGCAGAAUUCGCAAACCCGCACCAGUAUACAGCAGUGGUAGUCUCAGCCCAGGUGGUUCAGUGAUAAACUCUUCUCCUCGACCGGCACGCACUACCCCCAUUGCUUCCAGUACUUCGGGAGUAUCCACAAUAUCAGAUGCACUGGAUAUUUCUCCAGGUGCUUCACUGCUUCCCUCAGCUCCCCUCCGCCACAGUAGAUCUAAAUCCGUGCGAAUUCUCGUACCGGACGAUGCAGUCUUUGGCACCUUCUCCAGGUCCAUCUCGUCCCCGGACUAUCGCAGGGCAUCCGGCAGGUCAGGUUUUGGUAGUAGCUUUGUGAAUUCGAGGCAGCUGUCAAGCUCUUCCACUCCACUACCUUCUCCGCUAGAGGCAGUUUUGGAGUACGCAGACGAUAGUGGCGUUGGGCUUGGUCCCGACCAGGGCCGCGAACAUGAUUUUGAGCAGACAGAGAAUUUGUUAUCGUCGUCCUUCUCAGAUUCGGAAGCAGAAGAAGCCGAUGAGGGAAAGGACGGAGGCGGUGGGGACGGCACCGAUACUGACGACGACCUUGAUGGAAACCUCCGGACUUCCUUCACGGAGACGCAAAGCGUCCGUAAUAUCACGCACAACAAUUGUAACACCAAUGGCCUUGACAUGCCGCACAACUUGCCUGCAUCUGGUGUCGGCGUUGCCCCCAUAAGUUCUCAUUCUCAUUCCGUGUCCUGGGUAUCGAAUGUCUUGAACAACCGCGAAUCUUGGGCUCCCUCAGACCACCGCUCAAGGAAUGAUUCUCCUCUGACCCAGAGCUUUGUUGACCCUAGAACUAACCCCAGAAAUCAAGAGGAUAUGUACACGACGGACCAAAUCGCGAGCUCUGGUGGAGGAGGAAAUUAUUUGUAUAUCCAAAAUUCAACUUCCGGCUCUCCAAGUGGUACUCUUGGAGAGCUUACUCCUGAAACAAGGCCCAGAACACCCGAAAGUCAUCGUCAUUCCCAUCCUAUCUAUCAACCAUCUACCCACAUUCGAACAUCAUCCUCUACUUCCCGAAACAUUUCGUCGAGACUUUGUCACAAUUAUACACCUCUUCUCCCGGGAAUGAGUUCUGUCGUUGCCCUUGAAAAGACUGAAUAUCUCAUCAUCUUAGAGUCGUUCUUGGAAGGACCGUCAGAACUCAAGCAUAGGCAUUCUUCUCCGGGUAACGUCCGUGUACGGAUAGUCGGAGGUCGUUCUACGUGGCGGGAAUAUCUCCAUCCUGGCGCAUAUGCGGUGAUGUUUAUUGAAGACCAGGAGUGUCUAGUGAAUAUUGUCAAAGAACUUGGAGUGGAGGAUCACCAUCGAACCGAGACUAUACCUCGGAACACUUUGGCUAAGCCGCCGAAUCCUGCGUCAGAUACGAGUGAUUCCAAUGUAGCGAUUAACCAUAACGCUAACCCGCACUACAUGUCCUGGCGCCCUGGAAUGCAUAUUACUGUCACUCUCGCAGGAGUUCCAUUUCUUGUCGUUCAAGUCAAGCGUUUAAGGCUUUUGAAGAACACAAAAGACGCCGUUGCAGGUGAAACCACUCCCGCAGCUGAGUAUAAUUAUCCAAUGGCACAAAUCGCUGGCAUCAGCGAACAGUGGUGGGCCUUACCUGAAAAUGGGAGCCAUGUCGUUUUGAUUCUUGGUAUUGAGAAACGGAGGCGGGAAUAUCUGGUGCGUGUGAUCCGCAGGCUGACGACUACAAGUUUGGCACUGGUGGUGCCUACAAGUUUGAAUGACGGAACUCAAGCUGAAAGGGCUUCGGAGUCUCCUGGGUCUGAUUCCACAUUCAAAGUGAUGUUCAAGGAGAAUCAUCAUACCCAUGUAUUGAGUGAGGAUUCACAGGAGCCCCAGUCUCACAGCCCUGGUCAACUUCCCCCUUCGACUUCUUUCAGCUCGCCGUCGCUUCCCUCUUCCCUAUCGUCGCAGCUUCCUAUGCUUCCUCCCAGUGCGGCUACCUCUCCAAUGUCGGACGUCCUCGUUCUUGCAAAGGGAUAUCGAUAUCUGACUGGCUCUACUAACGGGAGUGGAAGUCUCCGUUUUGAGCUACUGCUAGAAGACAGAACCAACGAUUUAUACGCAUCCUACAUGUUACCGAGUGCCGAUAUCGCGGACGGGAGGCGUCAGUCUCUGACGUGGUUUGUAUCUGGAGGACAAAGUCGUCAUGACGCAUCGUGGGUGUUCAAGAAGGAUGGGAAAACCCUUCGUAAUACCGAUGGACGGUCGUCUCAAGGUAAUCGUAGUGUGGGUACGGGUGCUGGCGCCGCAGACCUUCCGCACCAUUUCUUGUUCGAAAAACAGGCGCCAAACGACGCAUGGGUGUUCAAACCAGCGCUUGAGGGCCAGAUAGUGUCAUCGCAUCUUCCCUUCCAGUCUCCUCCUGAAGUCAAAACUCCUCCAAAUCUGGACGAGUUACUGGCCAGCGAAGGGUCCACUUUUCGGAAGAAGAUGAGUCCGGCGGUUUUUGUCUCGCGUCUUGUGCUUCGGAAAGAUCGUGAUAUGGUCGUGUUCUAUCUAUCCCCAGCUUCCAAGGAACAAGUGCGGGAGCUGAGUCGGAGAAUUGGGAAGAAACGAGAGGAAGCCCAUCUAGAAAGGCAGAAGACGGGCGAACGUCGGUGUGAUAUACCUGGGACUGAAGGGACAAAUACCGAUGAAGUGGCGUUGGAGAAUAUGAUGAUUGUCAAAGCUGAGGAAAAUCACCCGCGGUCUGCCGAGCAGCAAGUACCAGAAAUUCCAGAGACCCCAAUUGCUAAUGAUCAAUCACAGCAAGAAGCUGCUCUUCGAGUCCUUCACUAUGGGCGUCAAGGUGAACUGAUCUUCGUUCCUUGGGAUUCUACCAGGCUUCGGACGACGAGUUUGCUGGUGGAAUCUGAAGUGGCGAUUCCUCAAUUAUCCUCUGCUAUCGAGGAUUCGCCACUGAGCAUACCGUCCAGUGAAUAUCUUGUGUAUGGCAAAGUCGAUUCGCCGAGUGCUGUCGAAUUGAGGCAGUACAUCUUCUACCCAAUUGACCACGACGACAUCAAGAAAGACAUCAAGAAAGACUCGACCUCAUUACCUGACCGAAGCUCACUGCUUCGGAAAUUUACUUUCAGGACUCACCAAGAAGACGAUGCCUGGAUAUUUGUCUCCCUUGAUGGGCAUGGACACGUUGACAGGCCUUCCUCAAUGGUGCCACCUCAUGAAACCACUGGGACUCAGUCUGUUGCAGGUGUCUUGUUCCGUGCCUCCAUAGACGGUGCAGGAAAAAUUACUCUUCAUCAAAUGCCGAUCAAGAGCUCGCUCACCCGACCCACACUCCAUCGCUCCAACAGUGCCAGCCCACAGCUUUCGACUGUGCUACAUUCUGCAAGAGACAGUAUCGGGUCAGUCCAAUCGGAAAGUAAUAUCCUUACCAAACGAAAACACAGGCGUCGUCCAGUGAGUUUCAACAUCCUUACGACAAAGAAGUAACGGCGUUGAUUGAACAUCUUUAUUUGAUUAGCUUUCCGAGCAAUUGUCAGGGACGGGUCUCAAGCUUUCGACUCUUGGUCAUAACAUUAGAGGUUCGCUCAAGUCGUUGAUUACUGAAAGUCGGCCGACAUUAGCAGUUCACUCGAAAAGUGACUUACGAAGUAAAAAAAAUCUUUCGGCCGCGUUAUGAUUCUACCUAUC